AUGAGUGGUAGAAAUCGGGCAGGUGCUUCAGCCAGCCAGGUGUGCUGUGCAUCGUCCUUUUCCGCUCAGCCGCCUCGUGUGCUAAUAGUCGACACCUCUCCACCUUGGUGGUCAGAGACACGUUCGGUCCUGUGUGAGGCCCUUGAGAACUUCCUCACUUUGGCAAGCAGUAUGGAGGGACCAUGUCGAGUACCUCUGCUCAGUCUCUAUGCAGUGAACCUGCAGCAGGAGUGUCUGCUGCCAUUUGUGCAGGUGAAGGGGAAUCUUGUGCGCUUACACUCAUGUGUGGAGGAGCUGCGUUCUCUGCCUACGGAGGGCUGCAUACAGCCACAUGUCGAGCUUCUUAAACAGUCAGUGCUGGACAGCCUGCAGCAAUACAAACAAUACAUCUGCCAUGCUAACCCGGGGAACAAUGUCUACAGCAGGUCUAUAGAUGUGACAGUAGUGAGCAGUGAACCGGGUCAGGCUGUACUCAGGCAGAUGGAACGGGGCCUGAAGGACUGUGAUCUGGUCAGCCUGCGACGACUGGUGGUUGUCCACAUUACCGUAGAACAGAACCUUUCAGACAGAGAGCCAACCUGGAGCCCAGAAUCCUGCACUGCAGAGGGCAUGGAACACCCAGACGAUGAUAUUAUGCUAGGAGCUGAGAUGGACUUGCAGAUAGUGGAGAACAGUGUCAUCGCUGUGGAGAACAUUCUGAAAGCAUGGCUUCAUGACCAAACAGGAGACAGAGAGCACCUUCAGCUCCUGUUACCUAAAUCAGUUCAAGAAAACAGUCCAAAACCCAUUCCUGCUCACAGACCUGAAGCUGUGUGUAUAAAGUGUGACAUGCAGGAAAUGCUUGUGAGCCCAGCUCUUCUCCCCUUCACCCCUGACCUUGGAGCGAAAACUGAGAAUAUCCGGGACUUCCCUCCAGCAAGCCAGAGCCAGUCCAAUCACAACUCAGGACCGCAGAGACUCCGAGUUAUCAAAGCUCUGCGUGCAGAAGGCGUGUGCCAGUCGGUUCUGUACGGCCUUCCACUAGUCAUCAGACCAACAACUUGCUGGCAGCUGGACUGGGAAGAGAUGGAGAGCAACCAUCAGACCUUCCACGCUCUCUGCCACACACUCCGAAUCCGUGACUGGUUUCUCUUAGUGCGGACAGAGACUGAGUUUCGUUCUGCAUCCAGUGUGUUUUCCUACUACGUGCUCCAGUCUUCAGCCUCCCUCGCUCUUUUACUAAAACCUGUCCUCACUCGAGAAUUAAUGCUGCCUUGUAAUCUGCCUAGCGUAAAUGAGGACCCACCACUCAGCACACUCAAUAUGGUGGAGAGGUGUCUGGAGCAACUGGAGACAGAUCCUGUGUUUAAUCCUCUGUGUCUGAGCUGUAAUCUCUACCCAUACCUGAGGAUGAGAGGCCUCCUCUCUCGCUCCUUCAGCUCUCGCUCUCAGAGCCAAACACGAGGCCAACGUAGAGACACAAACCGACCAGCAGAGGGCUCCACACCUCGGCAGUUGCAGCAAGGUCGUGUCAGAGCCAUGGUUGCUCCUCUGGCCUCUGCACCCCCAGCCAAGAUGUCUCGCCCCCCUCUGACCCUGAGCCACUCACGGUCCUCCCUCUGCUUUGUGGACGAUGACGUGGAUUACAAUCUUCUUAUGAUGACGUGAGAGUGCUACAAUAGUUCUGCACAGACCGUUCUUAUUUGGUUUUUGGUUAGUGUAUGUCACAACACUGGUCUAAAUUAGUAUAAACGGAUACACCACACCAUAGCACGGUGCACUGCAAAGCCAACCAGAAACUUCAGUUAUCUGCAUGUUUCCAUAUAUAAACAGACUAACUGACAAUAGUAUUUAAAGCAAAUUCUUUUUAAAGCAAUAGCUAGAUAAAUUUGAGUUAAUUCACUCAUCUCAAAGUCCUAUGGGAAAAAAUAUACAGAUGUGUUAAUAAGUUUCAGUAUCAAGUCAGUACUCCAAACAAGACAGCCUAUUAAUAAUUUAAAACAAUUCCUAAGCACCACAAUUUUUAACGUGUCAGUGAUUAAACAGGGCUUUUUCCACUCACUGGUCUCUAUUAGAGGACAACAUGGCAGCCUUACAGUGCAGCACACACCAGCUGUUUAUGCGUCUGCAGCUGUUAAACAUUAGAGCAGAUAAAAUGCCUCAUUCUUUGCUAAAACACUGGGGAAAAAAUGAUAGACAUUGUUAACGCCCCUACUUUGGCCCUAGAUGGUAAGAACAUGAACACACAAAAUUAAGCAGUUUUAAAGCGAGAUUAAAACUGCUUUAAAAUUAGUAUUGCUAAAUUGGUUGGUCUGGCUCUCUCUCUCAUACACACACACACACACACACACACACACACACACACAUACACACACAUAUAUAUACUGCAACUGCUGGGACAUUCACACAUAGUCUGUGAUGAAAUACAACACACAAGAAUCUGUUCUGAAAAGUUAGUUUGGGGGGUGCGGCAUUUUUUGCGUAUUGCUAUGUAGCAUUAUAGUUCUGAGGGUGCAGAGGGGAAUAAAAGAGUUUCAGGAACUUGUAGUGAUGUCAAGGCCAUGGUGUUACUCAAUGCCUCUGCCUUACUGAGCGCCGUCAGUACUGCUUCAUUAACAUUUCCGCUAUUCCACCCACCCAAUGCCGCCUACACCAAUGUCACUAUGACUUCAUUUUGGGGUUAAACAUUAUGCAAAACCCAACACAAAUGAGAAGCUUUUUGUAAAAAAAGGUUCUUAUUUUCCUGUUCCAUAUAUUAUUUAAAAAAAAAGGGGGUGGGGGGGUGGUGGUGGUUAACAUUUACAAAGACGGAUUUUCUGAUUGUAUUAUUUGAAGUUUUUGCGCAGAGUGCUUCUACAUUUGAGGCUCCCUAAUGGUGUAGACAUGUGUUCUCUCCUGGGCCAGAUUGCAUGUGGAUUUGUAAUGUCUAUGAAGUGUUAUUAGACUCCAAGUCAAAGUCCACAGCAACCUUUUUCAGCAUAGGAGUAAUCCUACAAAUGUUACCAAAAGCGAACAGAGAUUAAGACAAUAUGUCUGGGCAUUUGUCCACAUAAACAACGUGUUUUAUUUUAAGAUUCUGUUGCGUUACUAGAGCUUUACUUUUAGAGCUGUUACUAAAGAGCUUUCUUUCUCAUGCCUCUACAUUAAGGAAAGGAGCUCAGUGGAUUAAUGUUUAUUUCAUGACAAUUGUUAUUGUUCAAUUGUUUAAUUGUUUUAUUGUCAUUAAAUAAUAAUAAAAUUAUCUUAAUGUAACUUGCUUAAUACCUAAUUUUUCAAAGACAUUAAACAUCUUAAUGGAGUUUUAUCUCUUUCUGAGCAGUUUGGUUUA